GUUGUAUUUGAAACGUUUUUAUUAAAAGUAUUAAUUUAAAAAACGCUGCGGAAGGACCACAGUUGUACAGGAUAAACAUAUGUACAGUGACCUGCUCAAAGGGUUCCAGGACCCUGCACACCUCCUCCACCACCUCCCAUUCCUCUUGGGUCAGAGCAUCAACUGCAUGUCUGGCAGACAUAUCAGUGUGGAUGACGGAUCACCACCUCAAGCUGAACCUCGGCAAGACGGAGCUGCUCUUCCUCCCGGGGAAGGACUGCCCGUUCCAUGAUCUCGCCAUCACGGUUGACAACUCCAUUGUGUCCUCCUCCCAGAGUGCUAAGAACCUUGGCGUGAUCCUGGACAACACCCUGUCGUUCUCAACUAACAUCAAGGCGGUGACCCGUUCCUGUAGGUUCAUGCUCUACAACAUUCGCAGAGUACGACCCUGCCUCACGCAGGAAGCGGCGCAGGUCCUAAUCCAGGCACUUGUCAUCUCCCGUCUGGAUUACUGCAACUCGCUGUUGGCUGGGCUCCCUGCCUGUGCCAUUAAACCCCUACAACUCAUCCAGAACGCCGCAGCCCGUCUGGUGUUCAACUUUCCCAAGUUCUCUCACGUCACCCCGCUCCUCCGCUCUCUCCACUGGCUUCCAGUUGAAGCUCGCAUCCGCUACAAGACCAUGGUGCUUGCCUACGGAGCUGUGAGGGGAACGGCACCUCCGUACCUUCAGGCUCUGAUCAGGCCCUACACCCAAACAAGGGCACUGCGUUCAUCCACCUCUGGCCUGCUCGCCUCCCUACCUCUGAGGAACUACAAAACAAGCUACAUAGGGGCAAUACCAGAAUGA